ACUGUCACCACGUUCCUUUCAGAGUUUCCGAAGGUGUCUUCAAUAUCACGAAGCAAACUGAAACUCAUGUUGAAGAGCAAGCACAGCGACCCUGCUCGAGACCACGCUCUGCACGAGAUGCAUCGGGAUUCAAUCAGUGUCAAACCGAAACCCUUGAAAAAGGUACCAUUGGUACAAGUUGAGGCGGAUAUUCGAAAAUAUAUUGCGUGCGUCCAUUCCUACACCAACAAAUACGAACGUAACCGAACCGAGUGCGUGCAUCAGCUGCGUGAAUUGAUUACGUCCCUUGAAAGAAAGGAUUUCCUUACUCUCGGCGAGGAAGCGUUAACACGUACGUGUGACGUCAACAACUCGGUGUGUGUAGAUGAGAGGAAUCUGUUUAUCGACCUGAUUGCACGUGAAGGCAGCGCCGAGGCCCAACUGCUGGUUCUGGAGCACGUGAUGUCACAGCCCAAUGUAACAGAGGAGGACCUUAGGAGAUGUCUUUUUCACGCCAUCGCCCUACAGAGCCCCGUGACGGAACUGGUGAGCUUAGUGGAAAAAUUGUGCUUCGAAGAUGGCCAUGAACCUGGCGAAACCCCUGCCCUUACGAAGACCCGAAAGAGGGCGUGUCUGUCCUUGGGGGCAUUGGCCAAGUCCUUGCAUGACCUCAACACCACGGUGUCGGACAGGAUUGUGGAGAGGAUAGAGAACUGGCUUGACCACCACAACGAAACGAGGUCAAGCGAUAUUAUCAAACCCCGCCGUCGCCGAUCCAUCAUACAACAUGAUACGCCAGCUCGCAAGCAUAUAGAAACCAAGAUGGUUCUCCUACAGAGUCUAGGCAACGCCGGGAAACAGCGAUCAUUACGUCACAUCAUGUCGUACAUGGCGCCGAAUGUGGGCGUCACAGCGUGGCGUCGUGCGGCAAUUAACGGACUUAGACACUUCUCCUGCAAUAAGAGCGCGGAUGCUUUGCUGACCAGUAUCAUACACGACCAUGACGAGGUAGUAAGGAAAACUGCCCACACUGUGUUCAAGAAGCACCCGAAAUCUGACGAUAGAAACUUCACUAUUGAACACGAGACAGAAGUGAUCAGCAAGAAUUACACCUAUCCAAUCGUGAGUCGUGUCCGGAGAAGUCUUCUCCAGGCACUUGAGGAAGGAAUCCGUGUGACGAUCCAGCCCCCUGGCAUCGACUGGCAGAAGACAAUCGGAACCGAAAACAUAGGGGCGAGCUUCGGUCUUAUCAUCCGAAAUACACUGGAUCUGAAAUUGGCUCUUCUCAGCGGUCAUUUCAUGGUAGAUGUUUAUGACGGCGCGUAUGCAGAGGCUCAUGUCGGUAUGAUUGGGUUUAAGAUCGACAUCGUCAAGGCCUACGUUUGCUUCAAGGGUCACAUCGAAUACGACUUGAAUGUCCUUAAGGACUUUGGAAUCAACAGUCUUUCUGAUCUGGUCCAAAUCUUUGACAAAAUUAUGGACAAAAUUGUUAACCCGAUCAUUAAUGCGAUAGAAGCAUUCAAGCAAAUACUGACCAUGGUUAAAGGUGGUAAGACACUCACAAAGGUUGUCAAUGAAGUCGUGGACAUCGUGAAAAAUCUCCCGACACGACUUGGUGAGGUGGCUAACCGAAUGCGAGAUUUUGUUAAGGAACUGUUCAGCAUAAGCGCCAACACUAUUAUUGAAGAGAUCAAAAGCAUUGUUAAAGAAGUUAGCGACUUCAUCGACGGGAUAAAAAACGAUGCUCUCAAAUUCUACAAUGACGUUGUUGAUGUUGUUACGAUGGCCUUGCCCUACACAGCUAAGAAGAUUAUGGAUGCCUUCAAUUCAAUUGUUGAAGCUGUUGGGAAACUCUUCCAGAAUCCAAUACAGGCAAUGACAUCGAUGUCCAGGGCGAUAAUAGACAUCAAAGUGGCUGUAACAAUGGCAAUAGACGUCAAAAAUAAAGUGGUAGAGGCAUGUCUCUUCAUUAAAGGGCGUGUUGUUGAAUGGAUCAACGCAGCAAAGAAAAUACCAGCAAUUCUAGGACGAAUUAAGGACGUGUUCAAGAAACUCACCGACUCGAUUAAAGAUGGUGUACCGGCAAUCAAGAAUGAGGCAAAGUCGGCGAUCAGUGACGGCAUUUCAGCUGUGAAAGACACGAUGCACGAUGUUGUAAAUAACCUAAAGGGUAAAUGGGACCACGUGUUUGAACCGCUGCAACCUCUGAUCGAAUUCGUGACACCAUUUGUUGAAAUCUUUAAGUCUAUCAUGGAUGCAAUAAAAGGCGUAAAAUGGGGUUAUCAAAAUAUCAAAAAAGUCAUCGAAACGAGCAAAUCAUUUGUGCAAAAGGUGUUUGGACCAAAAUUCGACCGCAAUUUUCCCACCAAGCGCCGCGAUGCAUUUGAAGAAUGUCCCUCAGGCGUGUGGCCAUCCACAGCUAACGGAGCGUACGGAACAACGGGGGUGGAUAUCAUUCUUGAAGAGGGACAAACGGUCCAUAUGCCUGUAAAUGGAAUAUUAAAAAGUUACAGAGAUGAAAAAAAAGUAGUCGUAAAACCUAGCGAUCCAGAAUUCGCUCUUUUUGAAAUAGUUGUGGAAAACAUUGACGCAGAUCAAUCUUUGCACGAGAAGACCGUUAAAGCUGGAGAAAAAAUUGGUAAAGCCACAACAGCAAGGGUCUGUAAAGAAAGGAAACUGAGCAUUAAUGUAAAGGAAGCCGAUGGUAAUCCACAAGACCCAAAUACUGAUAAACGCCUUGAAAUAACCAUUGGAGAAGCUAAGAAAAAUGAACAAAAUGAGUGGAUGUCUACUGUAGCCUCAAGAGGAAAGAAUUCCAUCCACGUCUCAGUGAGAAAGGCUCAGGAAGACGAGCUGCCUGAUGCUGAUUAUGACUACACUGAUCCGUCACCUUUCCUUGAUCGCGUGGUGCCGAUUCCAAAAUGGAUCCAGGACUGUAACGAUCACGAGUUUAGAUACAUAGGACAGACAUUCGAAUCCGGUGAAUCGGAUGAAGACGUGGAUCCUGAUAAGAAAAAAAAAAACGUUGGACGUCGUAAACCUAACGCGAAAAAGACACCCGUUGGACGUCGUAAACCUAACGCGAAAAAUAUCGAUGGCAUGCUAGGUGAUGAGGAUACCAAGUACAGACCUGACGACCCAUCUCUGUAUGAUCCUACAUCGUUUGGAGACAGUCUCAAAGAGAGUCUCAAAGAGCAAGCUAAACAGUUUGCUGAGAUGUUCAAGCAAGCUCUCUUUGGAAGCAAUCCAAAGAUCCCAAACAUCUUAGAAAUAGUCGAUGUGAACAGCAAAACGGUGGAUUGGAUCAUAGAAAAGCUCAACGCAACAUCUGAAAUUGGAAAGAAAUUCAUCGACAUCUUAAGAAAGUUAGCCUGCUCAAUGAAAGCGGAACCUUCAGAAUCAUCUGCGACCUUAACACCAAAUUUAGCGAUUAACUUUCUCAAACUUCACAAUUUCAAAUUCAAUUUUGGAGGAUUUGACUUUACUGGUGGAUUAAAUUUUGGUGGAAGCGGAGAUGAUGACAAUAGCGGUGGAUUUAAGUUUGGCCCCUUGAAAUUUGGGGAUGCUGGUCAGUUGUCUCUCUCCAUGGCAGAACUACCCGGAAAACUUUGUCCCAUGUUUAAAGAUGGAAUAGCCAAAGGGUUCGGUCACAUUUGCUACGUUCACGAGGACUGCCUUGGUCUGUCGUGCAACAUUCGAGUUCCUCUCGGACCCAAGUCAGAGAUGCUGCACGCCUCCAUAGCACUUGUGCCAUCGGAACUGAAAAUAGAAAUAAGCGUUUUGGGAAGGAAUUAUACCAUCCAACCAAACGGUGAAGAUCAGCAUAUGGAGGUGGCGAAUUUCUUACUGUUCAAAGUGUUGUUCAUUGUUAACGCAAAAAUUGAAGGGACAUCUGUCACACUCACAGCUGAGAUACAAUUGUGCAAUGAUUUAUUCAUGACAUGUAUGCCUCCGAUAGAAUUGUUCCACAACCUCAAUUUGAUGCCAAACGCAGUUCGACAUAAACGAGCGACGGGUUCAUGUACAGACGUCAGUAUCCGACAAACACCGAUUUCGAUAUUCAUGAUGCAGCUAAGCGAAUUCUACUUGCUGAAUAAAGAUGUGACAGCGACACUGGAAAAUGUGCGACAUCAAGUCGUUGAUCAGCUGCUGAAAGACAUGGCAGACAAGUUCAUGGCAGCAUUAACGGAGUUUCCAGAUAAGGUUGACUUCUGUGUUAGUGCCAAUAUUCCCGUGCCCCCAUUUGAUAUCACUUUCUUCAACAUUCGUCAACAUUUUAUGGUUGGACCAGUACCUUUGUCACUAGGUAUGAUGCAUAACAAGUCGAUAUUUUGUUUACUGAUUCUUACUGAGAGGCAUAAAGCGAUUGACGUCAGUCCAUAAGUCCGUCCCCAAAAAGACAUG